AUGGAGGAGUAUUUAUAUAUAAAUGAAAAGGAUGAUGAUAAUAUUCAUUGGAAAUAGCAAUUGGAAAGUACUUGUAAUGAUAUGAAGAAAGAAAUGUGUUGGGCUGAACCUAUUUUAAUUUAGCUUAAAGAAUUAAGGGUAUCAAACAAGUAUUAGAAAUAAUUACAUUCAUUUGCUUAAAGUUAUGAUGAAUAAUCAAUUCCUGAGAUUUAAAAGUCUAUUAAAUCUAGAUAACCUAUAAGGGAAAAUAGAAAUAUGUAAACAAUUAUAAAAAGAACAGGAUUUACAGAAGAUGAUCUAGUUGAAUAUUUUAUCAAACCUAGUAGAGCUUCAAUUAAUUUAAGUAUCUAAUCAAUUACACCAUCUUAUAUUUAUCAUGAGAAAACAUAUAAUUUAGGAAUGGGAGAAUCUUAGGUAAAAUUUGAGGAUUAGAUGUAUUUUUUUGUGCAAAUUACAGAUAAAAUAAAAGAACAUUUUGAUUAACCUAAUGAAUUAGGAAUAAUGAUAAUUCAUUUUAGACAUUCUUUAAAUUAAUAACAUAAAAAUAGUACAUUUUAAUAGUUACAUGAAUAAUUAACAUUAUUUUGUAGAACACUCUAUGAGACUAUUUUAAUUUAUUAUGAUAUGAUAAAUUUAAAAAAGAAAUAUUAAAUUCAUGCAGUAUUAUUAAAUGAAGAGACAAUGCUCAAUUUUAUUGUUAAUUAUGUAAUGUCAAAUGAAGGGAUAUAUAAAGUAAUUUUCAAUUCUUUGUUAAAAUAACUAUGUUAAAUUUAAAAAUAGACAGAAUAAAUUCUUAAACAAAAGAAAGACAUAAGUUAAGAAGAUAUGGAAAUUCCUUAAGACUUUUAAUUGAAAUCAUAAUUAAAUCCUUAUAAUAAAGCAAUAUAAACAUUGUAGAAAUUGUCUAGAAAAUAAGGUCCUUCCUCAAAAGUCAAGGUGAUAAUCAAUUUUUCAUAAUAAAUUCAAUAACAUGUCAGAGAAUCAAAUGAAAAUAGAGGAUCUAGUUUACUUAUGUAAGCUGAUGAUCUUUUGCCAAUUAUCAAGUACAUAUUGAUAAAAUCUUAAAUAUAUGAUAUUGAUAUUCAUCUUACUUAUAUAGAAAAGUUAAUAACUAAUGGGAUGCUAAAUUCUACAAGUGGUUACUAUGUGGUGACAUUAUAGGCAGCUUUAACUUCUUUAAGAAGUAAUUUAAAUUAAUAAUUUAAUUAAUAAAAAUGA